GUGUUCACGAUUCACGUUUGUUUAUAUAACAAGAAAUUUAUUUGUUUCGCAUUUUACUUACUACUAACUGUUUUCAUGUUCCCAAAAAAUAAAAUAUCAAUAUGGAUUUCAUAAUUGAUACAGUGGGCGAUGAUAAUCUUCACAUAAAGCAAGAGUUAUUGGACGACAAUGAAAAACUUUUUGUAGAUAAAGACAAAAAGAUCGAAGCAAUCCUGGAAUUAUUUGAAAAAACUAAACAAGAUUUAGACACACAGGAAGCAGCCGAAGAAGAAAUACAAAAUAAAUUAAAAGGGUUAAAAAUAGAUAGUCAAUUUGACGAAUUCUUCGAUGAGAUGGGCUGGACACAUAUAGUGAUGAAAAAAAAUAAAAAGAGGCAAUUAUUUCGCUUCGACCAACUAGACAAGGAAACUGGUAAAUUAAAAUCAAAUCUCGGUGGAGUUGAUGUUGAAAAGGAAAUGAAGAAGUCAGUCUUAAAGCCGGGAAUAGAAAAGAGGCAUAAAUUACCCAAAUAUAAUGUCAGUGACAAAAAACUAAGAGCUAUACGAAAGAAACGAAGAGAAAGAACAAAGGGACCGGAAUGGUUCAACAUGAAAGCCCCAGAAGUGACCGAGGAACUCAAGAAUGACCUUCAAGUGCUAAAGAUGAGAUCAGCAUUGGACCCCAAACACUUCUACAAGAAGAAUGACAUGGAAGUUUUACCUAAAUAUUUCCAGGUUGGUCGUGUCAUGGAUUCAGCCGUGGAUCAUGUAAAUGAAAGGUUAACACGAAAACAGAGGAAACGGACUAUGGUCGAUGAACUAUUAGCAGAUGCAGAUUUCCAGAAGUAUAACAAGAAGAAGUACAAAGAAAUUAUUGAGGAAAAGAGGAAAACUGAAUACAAAACUUUCAUGAAGGAUAAGAGACAGAAAAAUAAAGCUGCUUUAAAAAAUAAUAAAGCGGCUAUGAAAAAAAAAGGUUAAAUAAAAUUAAUUUAAUU